AAUAACAUCUCAGCUCCAGUCUCUAAGUAACACGCAAAUAGACAAAAUGGAAUUCGAAAAUAAAGUGGUUUUGGUGACUGGAGCGAGUUCCGGCAUCGGCAAAGCGACAGCACUCCUAUUUGCCGCGCGCGGCGCUCGGCUGGCGCUCGUGGGUCGGGACGAGGGGAAACUGCGCUCGGUCGCCGAGGAGUGCGCCAAGCACCAGAAGCAACACCUGCAGAUCGCAACAGACCUGUCCACUGACGAAGGUUGCGAGACGGUCGCUAAGCAAACUUUAGAGCAUUUUGGACGACUGGACGUGCUGGUGAACUGCGCCGGCGUGGCAGCCAUCACGUCGUUAGAGACGGCGGAUAUGGCGUCGUUCGACCGCGUGUUUGGCACGGUGGUCCGCGGCGCCUUCAACCUGACACGCCUGCUCGCGCCCACGCUAAUAGCGGCGCGCGGUUCCAUCGUCAAUGUGUCCAGCAUCGCCGCCACCAUGGUGCAUGUUGGCAGUCUGCCUUAUGGCAUGGCGAAGGCGGCUCUCGACCACUUCACGCGUUUGAUCGCCCUCGAGUUAGCCCCCAAAGGAGUGAGAGUGAACACCGUUAGUCCAGGACUCACAAACACACCUCUCCUUCAACGCUUGACUGGCCAUUCAGACGAGGAGCACGCAGCCUUUCUCAAGAGCAGCGAGGCCAGGAUCCCGAUGCGGCAGAUGUGCGAGCCGGUUGACGUGGCGCGCGUGAUCGCGUUCCUGGCCGGCAACGGUAGCCGGCUGGUCACCGGCGCCACGGUCAAGGUCGACGGGGGCCUGCAGCUCGUUGGCCUCGGAGAGAUGCUUAAAGACCAGAACGACGAGAUGAGAAAGUGAACAUGGACAACCUACCUCCUGUCUAUAGUUCGUGAUUUUUUUUAUACACUUAGGUAUCAUAGGUGUAGGUAUUACCUACACAUGUAGGUACAUAUAUAGGAAUUAAUUCCAUAAGUUAUUAACCACGGCUAUGUCCCAUUGUUGGAUUGUUUAUUUAGGUAUAGGUACCUACUUGUAAGAAUAUAAAGAGUUUUGAGAA